UCUCAUCGUGGACAAAUAGUUGUAGCGCACCAUCUCUAUCUCUCCGACUCAUUCACGCGCGUUGUCGUUUUGAUCACCUCUCCCGACAACUUUCUCAAUUCAACACCUCCCACCGCCCUCCGGCAUCGAUUCCGGCGACCCAUCCGACUCUCCGAUCUCCUCAGGGUGAAUUCAGGUCAAGAUGAGUGAGGUGUUCGAAGGCUACGAGCGCCAGUACAGCGAGCUCUCCGCCAAUCUCACCAAGAAGUGUACAAUUGCUGGUGGGCUUCAUGGAGAGCAAAAGAAGCAGAAGAUUUCUGAAAUAAAGGCGGGGAUAGAACAAGCUGAAUCUUUGAUCAAGCAAAUGGACCUUGAUGCAAGAAGUUUGCAGCCAAAUGUCAGGGCUGUUCUUCUUGCUAAGUUGAGGGAAUACAAAUCAGAUCUGAAUAAUCUGAAAAGCGAAGUUAAAAGACUUGUAUCUGGCAACUUAAAUGCAUCUGCCCGGGAUGAGUUGUUGGAAUCAGGCAUGGCUGAUGCUUUGACGGCAUCAGCAGAUCAGAGAACGAGGUUGAUGAUGACGACAGAGAAAUUAGACAAGACCAGUGACAGAGUUAGGAACAGCAGAAGAACCAUGCUGGAAACAGAAGAGCUUGGUGUUUCAAUUCUUCAAGAUUUGCAUUCACAGCGACAGUCUCUCUUACAUGCUCAUGGCACGCUUCAUGGCGUGGAUGACAACGUAGGCAAGAGCAAGAAAAUUUUGACAUCCAUGACAAGGAGGAUGAGCAAGAACAAGUGGAUAAUUGGCUCGAUUAUUGCAGUUCUUGUCAUUGCUAUCGCGUUGAUAUUGUACUUCAAACUUAGAUAGACAACAUAUUUCGUCUUUGUUCAGCUUGCCUGUGUUCCAAAAUGACACAUUUCUUCAUUUUCUUGUUUCUCCUUAUAUUUUGAGUGUGCAAAUUGAGUUCUUGUAAUGGUGAUCCUCGAGUGUAUUAAUGACAACAUUACCGAUUUGGUCUUUUGUUGGA